AUGACAUUCUUAACACAAGAUCAAUUUAAACGAACAGAGAAAGGAUUGAUUGUACUUAUUUAUUCAAUGAUUUGUCAAUUUUUUCCAGAAAUAGCGCUGAUUGAAAAUGCUACACGGAUGAAAUUUCUUCAAAGGUUCUACGACCAGUUUGUUCCAAUUUACCGUGCCGAAAUGACUGUUAGGAAGUUUUCUGAUCCAGAAUUGUCAUAUGCAAUAGUAUUACCAGGCGGAUGUGUUGAUCUAAAUAAUUUGGAGGAAGUUAUUGAUAUAAAAAAUUUAGAACAUAGGAGACAGUAA